AUGGAUUCGAGAACUAAACGCAAAGUUCCAGGCGAAUCGGUGAUUCAGUUUUGUAAUAACAAUGCCAGGCAUGGUUCCAAGGGUGGUCGUGUGUCUACAUCGUGUAAAUCUUGUUCGCGGUCCAAGAAAAAGUGUAUUUUUGACGGUACAGGAGAUAAGUGUCAAUUGUGUGCUGCUAGAGGUAUAGAGUGCAGUUUGAAGAGAAGCAGAGAAACAGGGUCUGGGUCGGUAGCUUUGGCUGGGACAUCGGAUCAAGAAUGGUUGACGGUGUUUCUGAAUGAGGAUGCGCCGUUUUACAAUUUGAACGUGUUGAACACGACUCCGCAGAGUCCCGAACAUCGGUAUGUUACGAGAUCUCUGGGGUACGAAGGUUUUAGCGGUAUGCUGUAUGGAAUUCUGGGAGAAUAUGACCCGUUGCUGCGCGACAAGUUCUUCCAGUAUGAUGACAAUGACGAGUGCUGUUUCCAUGAGAAGUUUUUUAGGAGAAUCGAGAAGAAUGGGUUCUCGCAUAUCUUUGCGUAUAAGAAGUACGAUGUGGCAGAAAGAGAGGAUUUUCGCUUGUGCCAUUUGAGUCAUGGUCUUGAUUUCUACUUGAACAAAGUCUCGAAUCUUCAUGGGUAUAUUCCGGCGCUGGUCACGUUAUAUGUCAAGUUUAUUCUGCCCAGCUUGCCGAUAUUUGAUGGGACAUCAAUAAACUCGGUGUUUUCAGCGUCAGCUGGAGCAGAAGAAAGUGUUGAUUAUGGGGAAUUUUCAGAUCCAUUGAUACUGCUACUGUUAUACAGGCUCACAUACAGAUGGUUUUACUAUGAUACUACAAUACCGAUAAAAGGAAUGGACAUAAUGAAGGGCGACGAUCUUCAGUUCAUUUUUGGGGAAGAAUUCUUCUCUGUGGUGUGGAACCAGAUCAAUAGAGAGCUGAUCGCUCCGACAAUCACAACUCUGAAAUCCAUGAUUUUAUUUUACCAUAUUAUCAGCUUCAAAGGCACUGGUUAUAGAACUCCCUUUGAAUCGAACUUGCUCUCAUCUAUUGUCAAUACUUCAUACAUUAUGGGACUUCAUCUGGACUGUUCCGGUUGGAAUGUGCCAAAAGAUGAGAAGAAUCUUCGGAAAAGACUUUGGUGGACUAUACUAGUAUUGGACAUUUGGAACAAGCUUGCGAAUUCGUUGCCCACUUUGGCUAUGAAUAAUUCUAUGUUUGAAUGCAAUGAACCAACUUCAUCUGUCUGGUUUGAUAUGUUUGAUGAUAUUGAUGAUUUCUUUCCAGAGUCUACAAUUUAUUCAUUUUACCUCUUCAGUAAGAUUAGCUAUACAACCUCGAAGAUGGUGAAAACACUCUUUGGCGGUAAAACUACUAUUGAUGACCCAGAAAUUCAAGAUUUUGAUGACAUCCUUGAUAUGUGGCUCGAGGAAUAUUCAUCUUUAUCACUGGAAGCCAGUGUUCCUUAUAGUAGUGUUGCCUUAUGUUACGCAGUUGCUAAAAUUCUAAUAUUCCGCUUGAAGUUUAAACUGAUAGCAAACGAUAUGGAAUAUAAUAGACUGUGCUUUAAUGGUCUGAUAAACCUUUUCGGUAAAGUCAUGGAAAUAUUAGAGGGACCCUCGUCGUCCGGUGUAAACUGCUUUUGGUACAACUUUUCUAGAUCGCAUUUUUUUUAUCUACGAGACGUUCUUUUACUUUUAAUGGUUAUCUCCAGCGAUAAGCCGCAAUCUCUGACGGUAUUCAGAUUAGUAAGAAGGUUCAAAGAGUGGUUAGCAAAUAACGCAAGGACGCUAAAAAUUGUCCUGCCAGCUUUGGUCCGGAUCAAUAUCACAAUUUCAAGUUUAGGUAAACAGGUUAAACGACUUAAAGAUGAACAAGCAUCAAAAUUAUAUAAUUAA